UUGUGAAGAAGCCGGAAGGGAGCGGAGGAAUCAAGACGAGCAAGUAAGGAGAACAUGGCGAUUGGAGAUGCUUGGAAACAAAUAUCUUGGUUUUACUACCAAUAUCUGCUUGUCACCGCACUGUACAUGUUGGAGCCUUGGGAGCGAACCGUCUUCAAUUCUCUCUUGAUCUCUGUAGCAGCAAUGGCGGUGUACACAGGCUAUGUGUUCAUGCCCCAGCACAUCAUGGCCAUUUUACACUACUUUGAAGUGGUCCAGUGACAGUCUGAGCAUCUGACACUUCAGGAUGCCCAUGGUUUCCCCCUUGCGGUUAGAAAGAGGAGUUCUCUUGCAGGGCUUUUUACCCUGUGCCUACAAUCGCUGGAGACAUGAACAGUUUGGUGGGCUGAGACAGUGGAGAAGCCUGAAGAGGAAUCGGCAAAGGAGGCAAAUACACAGAUCCAUUGUAGUGUUAAUGUCUGUGGCUGUGUAGCCCCAUGUAAGCGUGCAGUCUCUCAGACUCUGAGCACAUACUGCCCUGAUGCAUCUUUUUAUAUAAUGCUGACACUUUU